AGUCAUUUUUGCCAUAACCCACGAGUGUCCUUCUCUAUAUCUUUAUUAUUACUGCACACCACCAUUUUCAAACCUCUUUCUCUCUCAAACUCUUUCUCUCUCUCCCCCUCACUUUCUCUCUCUUAGCUCCGUUUUCACACACUGUGAAUUAAGUGAAGGAUUUUGUUUCUUUGAUAUAUCACUGGAUUUUGGAUCCUAAAUCAUAGUAUAUUCAUAAAAAGUUAUUAGUAUUUGCUCUCUCAUUAUUCUACUAAGCACUCUCUUUUUCUUUCUUUUUUUUUUUUCUUGUUUCUUUCUCUAUUUCUCAAGUGGGUAGGAGGAAAAGGGAAAGAAUUUAUGAUGAGCUCCGCCAUGAAUGCUACUUUGCUUCCCUAACACCCAUCUGGUUCUCCUUUAUUAAGUUUUUCAUUCAUGACUUCGAAACAAGACUGACCUACCAAGCAAAGGGAACCGAUAGCAAAGAUUUGAAUAUCCAUUCUUCUGUUUUUAAAAAAAAAAAAAAAAACAAAAAAACAUUGCGUUCCGCACCUAUCCCUCUAUCUUUUUUAAUAUCACGCUUUUUCAACUCUUUUUGGUAUACCGAGAAUUGAUCAGUACCUCCAAAAAAGUGAUACCCGUAUAUCAAAAUCUUUUUUUUUUUUUUUUCCUGCUCCAAAUGUCAAAGAACCCAUCUCAGCCAGAAAUUGAAACCAUGCCAUUCUUUGAAGCUUUUAAGAAAAUUAAGCGUUUGAAACUGUUUGAGCCAUAUGUGAGUGUUCUUGGAUUCUUCUUGCUCACAGUCUCUGUGAUUUGCUGCUUUUUCUAUUUGGAUUUUAGAGCCGUUAAUAAAGGGUUUCAAUUAUCGAGCCAAUCAGAGAGGUUCAUGUGGUUGCAGACAAAUGGGUUGAGCGAAGAUCAGAGAGUUGAGUAUCUCGGAGAAAAGGGUGGUGAUUGUGAUGUGUUUGAAGGUGAAUGGGUUUGGGAUGAGUCAUAUCCUCUGUAUCAGUCCAAAGAUUGUAACUUUUUGGAUGAUGGCUUUCGGUGUUCUGAGAAUGGUCGCCGUGAUUUGUUCUACACCAAGUGGAGAUGGCAACCAAAAAGUUGCAACUUGCCCAGAUUUGAUGCUAAGUUGAUGUUGGAAAAAUUGCGAAACAAACGACUGGUUUUUGUUGGCGAUUCAAUUGGGAGAAAUCAAUGGGAAUCACUCCUUUGCAUGCUCUCUUCUGCAGUUCCAAAUAAGGACUCAAUCUAUGAAGUGAAUGGUAGCCCAAUUACAAAGCACAAGGGAUUCUUGGUGUUCAAGUUCAAGGAUUUUAACUGCACUGUGGAGUACUACAGGGCUCCAUUUCUUGUCUUGCAGAGCCGGCCUCCUGCUGGAGUUGCACAAAAUAUAAAGACAACCCUGAAAUUGGAUCAAAUGGAUUGGACUUCUGAUAGGUGGAUAGACGCAGAUAUGCUAGUCUUUAACACAGGGCACUGGUGGAAUUAUGAGAAGACUAUAAGAGGGGGUUGUUACUUCCAAGAAGGGGCAGAAGUGAAAAUGGAUAUGAAGGUGGAGGAUGCAUACCGAAGGUCCAUGGAGACUGUGGUGCACUGGAUGGACAAUAUGAUAAAUCCAACCAAGACCCAAGUUUUCUUUCGCACAUAUGCCCCUGUACAUUUCAGAGGUGGGGAUUGGAGGACUGGAGGAAACUGUCACUUAGAGACCAUGCCAGAGAUUGGGUCCUCACUGGUGCCAUCUGAAAACUGGGUUCAAUUCAAGAUAGCGAACACUGUUUUAUCAGCUCACUUGAACACAUCCAAGGCAAAGAAUCUCAAGUUAUUGAAUGUCACUCGGAUGACAGCUAGAAGAAAAGAUGGUCAUUCAUCUAUAUACUAUCUGCGUCCUAACAUGGUUCCAGUGCCUCUGCAUCGCCAAGACUGCAGCCACUGGUGUCUUCCUGGAGUCCCAGAUACAUGGAAUGAGUUGCUGUACGCUCUAAUCCUAAAGCAUGAGGCAACUGGAAAAUGAAACCAAUCACUACGAAAAGUAAGAAAUAAAUCCUCAUAUUUAUAUCUCAGCAUGAAAAAGCUGAAGUUCUAUGCUCAGGGAUGAUCCAAGAAAUCUUGGAGGAAAAAAAAAAUGGAAAUACUCAAGGACACAGCAGAUGACAUGAAUUUUUGUCAUAGAUUUGAAUUUAGGUGAAAGGGGGUACAAGGAUCUGAUAGUUUAGAGAAACAAUUUUGUCUAUAAUUUUAAAAUCUCCAUAUAUUUAGGGGCCAGAUGGGUGGGCAGGGGUUCUUUUGGAAUAAAAAUUAUGAUACUGUAGAGAAAAUUUUAUGAAGUUGGGUAUUCUUGGUGAUUAUAACAGGUAAAGUAGCUUAAUCAGUCGGAGAAGAUGUAAUUAGCAAAAAUUUUGUAUUUGUACAUUGUAAUUUGCAUCCCUGGCCAAACUUAAAUUCAAUUGGUAAUGAACAGUGAAGAAUAAUGGUUAACUUAUUUUAUCAA